AUUUUUCAUUUGCUUUAUGCAUCGUGUUGAUAAAAUUUUUUCCACGGUAUAAAUACUUCGUUUUUCCAGUAAAUAUACAUUAAUUGCUUUUAUCACCGUAAUUACACGUCGAAAAAUAAACAUCCAAAAUGGCUAUGUCAAAAACAACAAAUACCUACAACAGGCAAAAUUGGGAAGAUGCCGAAUUUCCAAUCCUGUGUCAGACAUGCCUUGGCGACAAUCCUUAUGUGCGUAUGAUCAAAGAACGUUUUGGUAAGGAGUGCAAGAUUUGCACGCGACCCUUUACUAUAUUUCGAUGGUGCCCUGGAGCGCGUAUGCGUUUUAAGAAGACAGAAAUUUGUCAAACAUGUGCUCGUCUGAAAAAUGUAUGCCAGACAUGUCUGCUGGACUUGGAGUACGGACUGCCGAUACAAGUUCGUGAUGCUGCACUUAAAGUAGCCGAUACCAUUCCGCAGAGUGAUGUAAACAAGGAAUACUAUAUACAGAAUAUAGAUCGCGAUUUAGCCGAUGGUGAUGGUACUGAGGCGGCGGGUGCAGUUGGUCGUUCAUUGGCCGCAAACGAGAUGUUGGCAAAACUUGCACGCACAGCUCCUUAUUAUAAACGUAAUAGACCACAUAUUUGUUCAUUCUGGGUCAAAGGUGAGUGCAAACGUGGCGAAGAGUGCCCAUAUCGUCAUGACAAACCCAAUGAACCCGAUGAUCCACUUUGUGAGCAGAACAUAAAAGAUCGUUACUAUGGGCGCAACGAUCCGGUUGCUGAAAAAAUUAUGAAACGGGCAGCUACUUUGCCCACACUGGAACCGCCAGAAGAUCGAAAUAUUACAACUUUAUAUGUGGGUAAUUUGCCCGAAGAAAUAACAGAACCCGAAUUACGUGACCACUUCUAUCAGUAUGGCGAGAUUCGAUCUAUUGCUUUAGUUCCACGGCAGCAAUGUGCGUUCGUUCAGUAUACGAAGCGUGGAGCAGCCGAACUAGCAGCUGAACGUACAUUUAACAAAUUAGUGCUGCACGGACGUAAAUCAACGAUCAAGUGGGCACAUUCCCAAGCAAAACAAACUGGAUUAGCAAAAACAGAUAGACGUUUUGAUGUGCCCGCCGUACCGCCAACUCCUGUGGCAAAUCCGAAUGAUUUCUUCAAUCUUCAGCAAGAACAGGUCACCGUGUUACCUCCUGGUAUGAAGCUACAUCAAAUACCACCAAGUCUUAUACCUGCGUCGUCGUAUCAAAUGUAUUCACAGGCUUACGCAGCCCCAUACUCAAAUAUUCCAAUCCCAUCUACCUCCGGCGCGGCUCUGGACGCUAUUCCUCCACCACCAACUGGCGGUGCACCAGGACAAGUACACUAUCCUAGUCAGGAUCCCAGUCGUUUGGGUGCAGUGAAAAAGUAACAGUAAUAACUUUAAUACAAUUUGCUUUGUAUACAUACACAAUAUUCGUUUAGAACAUUUAAAAAAAAAAAGAGAUUAAUUUCAAUAA